AUGCUGGAGCUGGCAGUACAGAAGGUGAUAGUCCACCUCUGGUGCUGCUCAGUGUGGUGGAUCAUUUUUAACAGAAUAGGCAAGGUUGAAAACCAGAAGUAUGUUGUUGGUAUGUUUUUGGGGUCAUGGCAAAAGAAAGUACUGGAUGUACCCAACAGUUUUGCAGUCCCUUUUGAUGAAGAUGACAAAAAUGAUUCCAUCUGGCUUUUAGACCAUGAUUAUUUGGAAAACAUGUAUGGAAUGUUUAAGAAGGUCAAUGACAGAGAAAGAAUAGUUAGAUGGUACCACACAGGCCCUAAACUACACAAGAAAAUGACAUCGCUAUCAAUGAACUCAUGA